GAUCGCUCAUUGUGCCCCAGUAUUUUGGAUCGCUUAUUGUGCCCCAGUAUUCUGGGUCACUCUCCUUGCCCCAUUCGCCUUGGUGGCUCCCUGUGCCCCGGACCUCUGCCUGUCAUGUCCGGGCUGCGCAUGUGGGCCCCACGGUUUCUCUUCCUGUGGCAGCUGUUGUGGCUGCAGGUCCAGGCAGCUCCGAUUCCGGAGUUGGCUAUGGACUCUAUCCUGCUGACCUCCAUCCCCCUGGGGCCCACGGAGCCCUGGUCUUGGGAUCAGCAAAAUCCUACAAAUAUGGAGCUUCCUCCACUAAACCAUGAUGCCUCAGCUGUACUUUCAGAGUCUCCUGAGAAAAUGGAACCUUCUCCAAACCCUCAGGAGACUUCAACUCAGCUUCCACUCCAACAAGAAGUCUCAACUCAGUCUACAGUGUCCUCUGAGCCAUUUAAAUUUUUGUUCGACCACCGUGGAAUUCAAGAUAAGCUUCCAUCCUACCCUGAAUAUGAUCAAUCUUCAAAGAGCUCAGCUCUACCUCCUGUUCCUCUUGCUGAUAUACAGACUUCUUCAGUCGACCUGAAGAAUCAAGGUCAGCUGCCAAAACCCUCUAUAGAUGGUGAAGCUCAACCUUCAGUCCAUCAAGAGGCAACAUCCUCACUUCCAGAUUGGGGUGAAGUUCAGCAUCAAGUGUUGUCUCUCAGUGUUGGUGAUGUGGAUAUGGGGAUUUUGAUCAAGCCAAAGCCCCCUAAGAAGAAAGAAGCCCCUGCAACUGCCAAGGAGGUCUCUUUUUAUCCUCCUAGGCCAACUGAAAAUAUCAAACCUCCAUACCAGCAGGAGACCCCAGGUCAGCCUGUUUCGCAGGCUGAUGUCCUGCAGCAGACUGCAGCUCCUCUAAAGUACUCUGAGGUGACACUUCCACGUCCACAGCCUGUUCAGGCUCAGCAACCAGCCUUUCCACCUAUGCACCUGGAACUCACCAUCACCCCAGAACCAACUUUGGUAACUGAUGCUGUAACCCAGCAGCAGACUAUUGCUCCUCCAAAACAACCUAAUAUGGCACUUCCAUAUCCAGAGCCUGUUCAGACUCUGCAGCCAACCUUGUCUGAUGUCAGAGCUCUAUCUUUUGACAUGGAUUUUGCCAAAACUCAGCAACCAGACUCAUAUGAGAUAGUUCCUCCAGUAACUGAACAGAGUGCCACCAUGAACAUAUGUGAGUUCUGUACCUGCAGUAUUGGGACACUGUCGUGUAUUGGUUUUGGCACAAAUCAGAAGCUUAACGAAGUGCCUGUGCCAGAGCCCAGCACCUACAAUGGCACCAUCACCAUCUUAAACUUGCAGGGAAACGCUAUUUCCUACAUUGGAAAAGACACGUGGAAGUCAUACCAUUUGGUUGAGAAACUAAAUCUCAGUGGAAAUAAUUUGAGGGAAUUACGUAAGGAUUCGUUUGAAGGCCUGUUUUCCCUCCAGUAUUUAGAUUUAUCCUGCAAUAAAAUAGAAUUUAUUGAAAGGAAUGCCUUCGAGUCACUACCUUUUUUACAAUACAUAAAUCUUGGUUGCAAUUCAAUCACAAAAGUGAACUUUGGAACAUUUCAGGCCUCGCAUGGAAUGCAGUUUUUACACAAGUUAAUUCUCAAUCGUAAUCCUCUGACAACUGUUCAAGAUCCAUAUCUUUUUAAUUUGCCAGCAUUGAAAUAUCUAGACAUGGGAGCAACCCACGUGUCACUUACAACAGUUGAUAAUAUCCUCAAGAUGACCCUUACACUAGAAAAACUGAUCUUACCUAACCAUUUGGCCUGCUGCCUCUGCCAAUAUAAAAAUAUUAUUGAGGCUGUCGCCAAGUCAAUCAAACUGCAUUGUGACAAUAUGUGUCUGGCAAAAACACAUUGUGAUGAAAAAGUGCUUACAGAAGGACCAUUCAUGAAAAUAUUACAAGGCCGGAAGAAUUACAACAACACUGAGCUGACUAUUGAGCCAGAGAGGGCAUCCUCAAAGAAAAAUAGUGAUACUUUGUCAGCCUUCAUGAGCCUACUGAUGAAAUUGCUUGAUGAGCAGCAGGAAGUAAAGGUUUCCAAGGGAGAGUGGGAUACCGAACAAUGGAAAAAUGACAGGAUGGAAGCCCCGGGGGAACAGGAAGAGGAGGAGUCAUAUGAGUUCACAAAAGAAGUCCCAGGAUUUAAGAACUACAACAAAGUCAUCAUAGCAUCGCCUGUGAUUGCAGUAGUAGCUUUUUUCUUUGUAGUUUUCUGCCUCAUUGCGAUAUGUCGCAGUAAGGAGUCUACAAAUGUAAGCUCCAGGGGCUCUUUUGCAAGUGUCCAGCAGAACAAAUCAGCAGAAUACCAGCUGGAGGAGGGCGGUUUCUGGAGAAGGCUGUUUGUUUUCAUGAAGAAUCUGUUUGCACCUCUCCUGUCCAUAUGUCAGAGGAAAAGUGAUGUAAAGACUCAGGAUGCAGAUGAGAAUGAAGCUUUCCUAAAAAUGGAACAGGCUGAAGAAGCCAGCGGAGAUAAGAUGGAAGAAGCAUCAGAAUAUGCUGGUGAAGAGGCAGCAGAGGAGAGUGAGGGAUAAAACCUCCACUGAUUGAACCACAUCCUCAGCCUUAUUAAAGCAGGUUUA